UUCUCAAGAGUUGGUCGACACUAUGCAACGGGAAUACAAUGUCAAAGCGCCGACGGACGAAUACGCGGCUAAUAUACAGCAAUCGAUGCCUCACGAAAGUUUUGACUGGGAAACGGGUAUUACUGAAGCUGUCACGGAAAUGAUACCUAUGAAAGAGGAGGAAGCGAAAGAUUUAACUAUGGAAAUUAAAGCUGAAGUAAUGGGCAAAGAGAUUUUUCAACAAAACAUUUCUACGGAUAUAAUACCUACAACGAAAGCUACUGAUAAGACAAUAAAAGAUUCAAAAGCUGUAAAAGAAGAGAUUACUGAAACAAAGGAAAUUCUAAAAGAUUCCACGAAAGGAGAAACGGAAUUAUCGAAGUGUCCGAGAGUUGAUGAUGUACUAAAAGAAUGGACAGAGACUUAUUUGGCGAAAAUCAAACCUCCCAGUGAGGAAUACAAACGACAUAUGGAAAAGACAACCGAGAAGCACGACAAACCCAGCAAAUCGACGAUCGCUCCUUCCGAUACUUGUGCCUUGAAAAUAAAGAAAGAUGAUCUUCAGAGCGUCGAUUUAAGCGCGCGAUACGCGAUAACGGUACUGGAUCAAGUGGUGAAAAAAGAAAUUGCCGAAGUGAAAGAGUCUUUGGAAGCAGCUAAGCAAGAUUUGAUAGAAGAAUUGAGUGAGAAUAGUCAAACCGUAAUUCAGAUC